AACUUGACACUUUGCUGCAGAAACUGCCGUCUGUUUACUUUGUUGACGAUCAAAAUCCCCAGCGAUUCGAAAUUUUUCCGUAAGUUUUCUGUCACCACUUCUCUUGUGUCGUCGUGCUUAAAACGUAUGGAAAGUUUCUGAAUCUCGGGGAUUUAGUUUGUCCCGAAAUCUUUGCUUUUGGAGUUUUUAGAGUUGUGCAGUGUUGAAAAAUAUUCAUUAAAAAUGAUUCCACGCAGAAAACCAGUUCACAGUGCUCGCGAGUAACCAGCUGAUACCGCCAAGAGUUUCUAAAGUGUUUUGCACCACCAGCGUAUCUACCAUCAGUUUACAAAAAACUUUCUUGAGACUUUUUUUCCUCUACAUUUACUACUUUGAAUUUUUACUGUGUCAGACUUACAAGUUUAUCGUAUCACAUAUAUACAGAGCCCUAGUUUCAUACUUUCAUCGUCAUAUUUAACAAAAUAAAGCUGCUAAUAUCUUAAAAAUAAAGUUUGGAAUUCUUUCUUCUAAAAUCCCGAUGAACUAUUUGGAAAUAAUGUGUUCUUCAUCUAAAUUAACUUGUUCUAAGCAGCUGCAUUGGAUUUACGGUCAGGUGAGGUGACAGAUUAAGCCCUUACUAUACUAAGCGAAAUAUCGAAUCUCAAGAAUAUUUGUUUGUUGCCAACAGUUUUCAGCAAUAAUGAACUUACUUGCCAUUUUGGCUUGCCAGGAGGGAUUUCUCGCUAAGAAUAAGAAGAAUGUUCUUCUUAUUUUCUAUUCGAUUUGUUUUGCUCUCUAUUUAGCUCUUGGAGGACUAAGUUUUUUGGUGUUGGAAGGUCAGCAAGAAGAUACUAUGCAGCAAAAGAUUUUGGAUGUCAAAACCAAGGUUACUAAAAAAUACCCAGAUGUUCCUGCUGAAGCUUUGGAUGAAUUUCUAGACGAAUUAGAAGACAUAGGAGUUCGAGGUGUUAGCUCCACCAACCAUACUAAAUGGACAUUUGGAAACGCUGUUUUCUUCUCAGCCACUUUGCUUACUACUAUCGGUUACGGCCAUCUGUCACCAAAAACUCCUCAUGGAAAGGUAGCAUGCAUGGCAUAUGUAGGUUUCGGAAUCCCUCUGACCCUGUUUGUUUUAGCUUGCUUCGUUGAUAGUCUCAUGAGACUAUCAGAAGCUUAUAAGCGCACUCUCUUCAAAAAACUUCAAGGCUUUCUCGAACCAAUGACUAUACGCUUGAUUCAUAUUUCUUCUAUUAUGCUUUCCAUCUUGGUGUGCUGUUUCAUUGUUCCAGCAAUGAUCUUUCAACGUUUGGAGUCUGACUGGACCUUUUUAGAUGCCAUAUAUUACUGCUUCAUCUCUUUAACAACCGUGGGGCUUGGUGACUAUGUGCCAGGUGUUGAUCCACAAACUCCAAAUGUGGAUCUCUAUCGAAUUUGUGCCACAAUAUUUAUCUUUUUUGGAGUUGCUAUAAUGAUGUUUAUGAUGUCUGUCACUGCUGACUUUUUCCAAAAUUACAACAGCUGUUAUGUAGAAAACCUGCCAUUUACAGUAUCUUCAGAGAAAAUUCCAAUCAAUACUGUAGAUGUAGAAUCGUAUGGUUCCAUACAUGUGCAAAACUCGAAAAUCAUCACAGAAGAUUUAAGAAACAAAAUCAUCAUACCACGUUGAAAGACUCUCUACUUGAUAUACUCUCAGAUAAUAUGAUGUGAUGAUGUAUAUAUUGAGAGGGGGGAUAAUCAAAAUGGAAUAUAUGAUAGUGUUGAAGGGAAAAAAAAAGGUUGCUGCCAAUACUGUACUGCUUCAGGGUACAAUUUAGCAUUAUUACUGCAGUGCUGGUAUUCUGAAGUAGACAAUAUAAGAUUAGAGCAAAAUGUUGCCAGUUUUGCAUUGCGUUUACCAUAAAAUGCCACAGUUUUAAAAACCAUCUUUUAAUGUUUUUGUAGGAAGAGAUUAAAAAAAAAUAAUGUAUUAAACAUUUCUAGCUGGUUAAUACUUUAUAAUCUAUGUAUCAGUUAAUACUCAAUAAAAGACGUUGUUCUUUUUUU